AGUCACGUGACAGGCCACGCGACUUUCAGCCUUAUUGCAUUCGUUUUAUUGUUUCACCAGUACUAGUCCGGUUUUCUUCUAGCCACACCUCAUACAAAGAGGAGGUAUUUGUCGAGUUAAGAGUUUCUGACAACUUGUAACGUAAUUACAGCUUGCGUUAAAGAGUCAAUACGCAAAGAACUGUUGGGUAAUAUUGCCAGCUCCAAAGAACUGCAAUUUAUACAAAAGUCAGACAUGCCACAAUAGUACGUAUCAGAAAGGAGUGUGAAAAUAAACCACAUUGUUUACUGAAAUCGCCAAGAGAGGGUGCUAAGAAGCGAUUGUUACAGGCAGUUUUACAAAAUUGGUAACUUGAUAAAUGCUGUUGGACUUUCAUAAAAAUCAAAAAAUAGUGUCAACAUUAUGCAAAUUACUGCUGUAAAACAGAAAAUUCAUUUUUCUUUGCAGAAAGAUGCUUAGCCAAUGACACUGCAUGAACUGAGAUUUAUCUGGAAGAGAAGUGUUGGUAAAAGGAAGAUUUUGGUAGAGAGAACUGAUGUAACUGACUGGUGAUGCAAGUACUUUAUGCAAGUAAGGAAGUUAAGUGAGCAAGACAAAGUUCUUUAUAUUGAUGAAGCUUGGAUGGAGAACAACGUUAAUAACAGAAAACGUCGACAGAAUCAUGGACAGUUUGUGGCAGAAACAUAAUUAUUGUUGUCUGUAUAGGAUCUGAUGCUGGUCUUGUGCCCCAUAGGACUAUCACAACAAAAUGAACCUAAGAAUUAUUUUGGGUUGGAUUUAGGCUGAAAUAGUUAUGAAUCUACCUCUCAACAGUAUUACUGCUAUGGACAGUGCUUCAUAUCGCAAUAAGUUUCAUAACAAAGCUCCCAAUUUGGCCCUUGAAUAAAAGGGGAAAUAAUUGAGUGGUUGUUAAAAAGUAAUAUGAUUGCUGACUUGUCAGUGAUAAAAACAAUAAUAUUUCACUUAAUUGUACAAUUUAAGCAAAAAGACCAAGUAUUUAAAAUUAAUAAAAUAUUUGAAACCCGAGAACAUACUGUGCUGCAGUUUCCGCCAUACAACCGCAGCCUUAAUCCAGUUGAAGUGGCAUGGGCAAAGCUUAAAAAUGUUGUCAGAAGAAGAAAAAUUUGCAUUAUGAAGUUACUACAGUUGGUGAAAGAAGGUUUGAAAACUAUCACUCAGGAUGAGUGGAUUGCAUACUACCUGCACAUAGAGAAACUUGAAAAAGUGUGCUGGGUUCAGGAUGGUGUUAAGAAGAGAUAAUGCAAGUAGAUGCCAUAAUUAUUCAUUAGCAAUUGGCGAUGAUCAAGACAGUGAUAUUGUUGAAGAUGUCAUA